AAAUGUAGUUCUGCGCAGCCACUUCCGCUGUUGGGCCUUGUCCGCCUGGGCGCUGUGACAUCCACGGAAAGAGCUAGUGAAGCGAGUGCGGGAGGAGAGGUAGGGUGUGCCUUGGUAUCCACUCCAGUCAAUCGGCGACCCUCUUCAAACUGGGAAUCAUUGCUACAGAAAGAAUGAGUUGUGUUUCCAGAGUUUCUUGAUGUCUCUACAGAGCAAUUCAGUGCAGUUGUGUACUCACCAGGAGUGUUUUCUUGAACCAGUAAGGUACUUGUUCUCAGGAAGAAGACAGUUCAUAUGCAGCAUGUCAAAAAGGCUUCAAGAAUGAGAAUGGAUCUGAGUUUCCAGACCUUUUAAUAGAGGGCUCUCUCCAGACUCAGGACAGACAGAAGUCACAAAUUAUCAGGUUUCCCAAAAAAAGUAGAAAUGAUUGAGUCACAGAUAUCAUUUGAAGAUGUUGCUGUGGACUUCACAUGGGAGGAGUGGCAGCUGCUAAACCCUACUCAGAAGAGCUUGUACAGAGACGUGAUGUUGGAGAAUUAUAGCAGCCUCGUCUUCUUGGGAAUGAGACUUCAUGAAUAUGCCUCAGGUGAAAAAAGUUUGAGACACCCUUUCAAUUUUCUUAUUCUAAAAAAUAACUGUGGCAGAAAAAAAUUUGAUGAGCUCAGUAAAAAAUUAUUUUUUUACAUAAAACCUGACAAUAUGUUUGGUGAAAUAAAAUGCUAUGAUUGGAAUAAAUUUAGAAAAACCAGCGUCAAAGAAUCAUGGCUCAUUUCAAAUCAUAUUACACAUACAGGAAUCUAUUUAUGCAUGGAGUGUGGCAAAGUUUAUACUAAAAAGUCACAGCUUACUCUGCACCAGAGAACUCACACAGGAGAGAAGCCCUACCAGUGCAGUGAAUGUGGGAGAGCCUUCUCACAGAAGUCCUUGCUGACUCUUCACCACAGGACUCACUCAGGAGAAAAACCCUAUGGGUGUGGAGAAUGUCCUAAGGCUUUCAGCCGGAAAUCGUUACUCAUUCUGCAUCAGAGAAUUCAUACUGGAGAGCGGCCCUAUGUAUGCAGCGAAUGUGGGAAAGCCUUCAGCAGGAAUUCACAGCUUAAAAGACAUCAGGUCAUUCACACGGUAGAGAAACCCUAUGGCUGCAGUGACUGUGGAAAAGCUUUCUCCCAGAAGUUGAAACUCAUCACACAUCAAAGAAAGCAUACAGGAGAGAAACCCUAUAAAUGUGAAUGUGGAAAGGCUUUCUUUUGGAAGUCACAGCUGAUUACUCAUCACAGGUCUCAUACAGGGAAGAAACCCUAUGCAUGCAGUGAGUGUAAAAAAGCCUUCAGCAGGAAUUCACUCCUCACUCGGCAUCACAGGAUUCACACAGGAGAAAAACCGUAUGAGUGCAGCGAAUGUGGUGAAGCCUUCAUCAGAAAGCCACAGCUUGUCAAGCAUCAGAUAACCCACACUGGGGAGAAGAAUCACCAAUGCAGCAACUGUGAAGAAGCCUUCUUCAAGAAGUCAGAGCUAAUAAGACAUCAAAAACUUCACUUAGGAGAAAAACCCUAUGGGUGUGUUGAAUGUGGGAAAACCUUCUUUGGGAAGUCACAGCUCCUCACACAUCAGAGAACUCAUACUGGGGAGAAGCCUUAUAAAUGCAGUGAAUGUGGGAAAGCCUUCACCCAGAAGUCAAGCCUGAUCUCACACCAGAGAACACACACAGGAGAAAAGCCCUAUGAAUGCAAUGAGUGCAGGAAAACCUUCAGUGAGAAGUCGAGUCUCAUUCAUCACCAGAGGACUCAUACUGGGGAGAAGCCCUUUGAAUGUAGUGAAUGCAGGAAAGCUUUUGCCUGGAAGCCACAGCUCCUCAGGCAUCAGAGAAUUCAUACAGGAGAGAAGCCCUACAAAUGCAGUGAGUGUGGGAAAUCCUUUGUUCAGAAGGUGCAACUUAUGAAGCAUCAGAGAAAUCACACUGGAGAGAAAACUUUUGGGUGCAGUGAUUGUGCCAAAGCUUUUUAUGAGAAGGCACAGCUUAUCAUUCAUCAGAGAAUUCAUACAGGAGAGAGGCCUUACAAGUGCAGUGAAUGUGGGAAAUCUUUCACUAGAAAGUCACACCUUAUGAGGCAUCAAAAAAUUCAUACAGAAGAUAAAUACUAUGGAUGUAGUCAGUGUGGCAUCACCUUCCACAAGAAGUCACAGUUCAUGCUACAUCAGAGGAGUCAUAUGAUAUAGAAGCCACAUGAGUGCAGUCACUAUGGAAAGCUGCUGUCUGAUGUCACAAACACUUCUGAGGGCAUAUAUAAGAGACACCCGUGAGGAGACAGUGGCUACUGGAAAAUCAUUAAUGCAGAGUCAAGUGUCACUCAAUAAUUCAGAAAGUAGAAUGAUGUAAAAGUAGUGUGGAAAGCCCAUCCAGAAAAUACAGCUCAUUACUAGUUGGAUGACUCCUCUCAGUGAAAUACUGUUACCAGUAUUACAGUGCUGGUACUAAAGUAGUACAGAGGCUUUGAGUCUGAAGUCCACGAUUCAUCAUUUAGAAGACCUGAACAUGAGGAAAAGCUGUUGUACCAAGUGAAUCAAGGGUAUCAGGUAAUGGGAACUCUCUGAACUCUAGAGAAUGCUUACAGAAACACUGAAUAUUACAUCACAGAGACUUCAUACUGAUACUGAGAGGUAUCCUGAUCAUUUGAGAAGAAGGAUAAGCAUGAUUCUGUUGAAACAAUACUGUGAGGAAGUUGUGUUUACUGUAUAUGAAUUAUUAGAAAAAGUCAUUGAUUUUAAGUCACAGGUGUAUUUACUUAAGGGUGAGGACUUUUGUUUUCUGCUGUAAUGGAAUAACAUGGAUCAGAUUGACGCUCCUAUCAUUUAGAAACUAUAUGUGAAGUAAUUCUUUUUUAUUUAUAUGCUUUUAAUUGACACAUCCUAAUUAUAAAUAUCUGUGGGGAAAGUAUGGCAUUUUGAUAUGUGCGUACAAAUGCUGAUGCUAGAUCAGGGUAAGUGAUGCUGCAAUCACCUCAGACAUUUACUGUUUCCUUGCAUUAUUGAUGAUCAAACCCAUUCCAUUAGUUACUCAGAAAUGUUCAGGUAAUUGAUGCUAAACACAAUAGCCCUCCUGUGCUUUGGAACAUUAGAACUUAUUCCUCCUAUCUAGCUGUACACCUGACCUGAUAACCGUCUCUGCAUCUAUCUUGAUCCACACUGUUCCAUGGCUUUGGGGACCACCAUUCUAUAUUCCUUUGAGAUCAUGUUUAAAUUCCAUGUGCUGUUCCAUGGCUUAGGGGACCACCAUUCUAUAUUCCUUUGAGAUCAUGUUUAAAUUCCAUGUGCAGUGCUUGUCUUUCCAUGCCUGUCCCCUCACUUCCUAUAAGAAUUCCCCAGUUCCACACACGCUGAUACAAAUGCUGUGUGUGUGUGUGUGUGAGUGUGUGUGUGUGUGUGUGUGUGUGUAUUACUGAAAACC